UCUGAGAACGAGGAGGCUUGUUGCAGAAUCACUGGCAUUCCUAAAAGGAUUUAUUAGCUUGUAGACCUGUGAGGCUGCACUCGAAUAUCAGACUGGGAAGAAGCACGGCUGGAGAGGAUCACAACUGAGUGUGCUGAGAGCUGAAGACAUUCUGCUGAGUCUACCCAGCAACCAAAAGUUCCAAGAUGUGGAAAAAGAAAUCAAAGGUCACGGACCAGACGGCCACUGGCCAAGUUGGGAUCAAGAAGAGAUCAAAAGUCCCUGGAGUUAUGAUCACGCAGUAUGUGGAGGAAAUACCAGAUGGGAAAAGCCACCCUGACUUCACCCGCAAGCCUAUCGCGUUGACCAUUCAGGAGGGUAAAUUCGCCUUCUUCAAAGCCCUGGUUAUUGGAGAUCCAGAACCAACCGUGACAUGGGGCAGAAAUAAUGGAGAUGUGUCAGAUACAUCAAAAUAUGUGACAAAAUAUGACCCUGCUACACGUGAGCACUUAUUUGAGAUGGCCAAUGUAAAACCAGAACAAGCAGACACCUACAAAUGCUUUGCAGCUAAUGAGUUUGGAAGAGCAGUGGUCACAGUGGUCCUCAAUGUUAUUGAAGUUGGGUUCAAGAAAGGACAAGCGGACUCACAGUUAAAACCAAUGGCGGCUGCUGCAGAUUUUAAAUCUGUACUGAAGAGAAAAAGUAAAAUUCGUCCCAAAAUGGAAAAGAAAGAAGAUGGAGAAAUAGAUCCAAAGUUUUGGGAACUCUUGAUAAGUGCUGACAAGAAAGACUAUGAGAGCCUCAUGUUGGAGUUUGGAGUCACUGACUUCCGCUUUAUGCUGAAGACACUGAAUGAGAUGAAGAAGGAAAGAGAGGAAGAGCAAGCACAGUUCAUUGAAUACCUAGCUAACCUGAAACCUAUUGAAGUUGGACCCGAUGGCUGUGCAACCUUUUCAAUAGACAUGGAUCUCAUUGAACAAAGCAGCAGGAUCUUCCUCUACAAGGAUGGAGUGAUGAUUCCAUACAGCAAGGAGUUGGGAGAUACAAUCAAACACAGCCUAAAGAUAGUGGGCCGAAAAUAUCAGUUCAGCGUAAGGGAUCUGUUUCCUGAUGACGCUGGGCUCUACCAGGUGGAUGUUGAGGACGUAAAUGUAUUCUCCACCGAUUUUAAGAUUCCCAUGGUGGACUUCCUGGUCAAGAUUCAGGAGUGUAAGGCCAUGGAGAGAGAGGAUGCUGUGUUUGAGUGUGUCCUGUCACAGCCCUUUGGCAAGAUCAUGUGGGUUGGCAAGAACUUACCAUUGGAGGCAGGGGAUAAAUAUGAUAUUGAGGUUUCAGAAGACAAGCUCAUCCACAGACUAAUCAUUAAAGACGUUGCUAUGGUGGACAAAGGCAUCUAUGCCGCUGUGGCAGGAAUCAAAUCUUGCAAUGCCUUUCUUGUUGUUGAAGCCGACAAGGGUGAACCCGGCAAAAAGAAACAACGUAAAACCACAAGGGCAGGAGGAGCUGGAGUUGACCUGACGGCGAUUGCCCAAGAGCAGGCAGUUAAAAACACAGCAGACAGAGAGGUGCUGAUGGAGAAGGUGAAAGCAAUCAAGGACGAGAGAGCGGCUAAUGCCACUGCAGCACCUGAGACUUCCGCUGAAGCUAAAGCUAAAGUUAAGGGGGUAGAGGCUUCCCAAACAGGAGCUCCAAAACAGGGACCGGCAGUUAAAGGGUCUGACCAUAAAUCCGUGGAUAAUGAGGGAGCUCCAAAACAGGGACCGGCAGUUAAAGGGUCUGACCAUAAAUCCGUGGAUAAUGAGGGGGAUUUAGAUGGAUCUGGAGAAGGUGAUGGAGGCAGUGGGAACAGUGGACAGUCAAAUAAUGAAGGCCCACCGGCGCCCACUGUGCCUGGCCAGCCGGUCGGAGACAGUACUGGAUGCAGCAUUAAGAGUGGCCUCUCGGAUCUCUUUGCUCUCCGUGGCAAGAAAGGUGAACUGGUUUGUGAGAUGAGCCAUGAAGUUGAUGGGGCCUGGUUCAAGGAUGGAGAGAAGUUAUCCACCACAGAUGGAAUAGCCAUAGUGAAAGACGGAACGAGACACACGCUGACCAUUCAUAACAGUAGUGAAGACGACACUGGAGUCUAUCACUUUGAAGCGGGAGGAUUUAAAUCAGAGGCAAAAGUCACUGUGGGAGAAUUACCUGGCGUUGAUGCUGAUGACCUCCACAAGUUUUCUAAGCCUGUGACAGUAAAAGUGGGCCAGAAUGCAUCCUGGAAGAUGCCUUAUACACCACAGGACAACUUGGAGGUGAAAUGGUUUAAGGAUGGCAAAGAGUUGAAGGAUGGUGGUGGGGUGAGGUUGGUGAAGGAGGUCAACCACAGCCGGCUGCUGCUCCGGGAGUGUCUGCGUUCCGACGCUGGAGAGGUCAAGAUUCAACUCAAAAACCCAUUCGGCACUAUAGAGGCCACAUCUCGACUGAUUGUCCUUGACAAGCCCGGCCCACCAGAAGGCCCGGUGGAAAUCUUGGAGACCACCUCCACUGUGAUUGAGCUGCAAUGGGGUGCUCCUAAGGACGACGGUGGCUCCCCAGUGACUAACUACAUCAUUGAGCGCCAGCAGCUGGGACAGACCGUGUGGAAGAAGAUGGGGGAUGUCGCAGCUGACAAAACCACCUACAGGGACAGGAAUGUGGUCCAUGGGAAACUGUACAUCUACAAGAUCUACGCAGUGAACCCAGAGGGGACCAGUGAUGCACUGCAGACUGAGGAAACAAUGGCUGGCAUAUUGAUAUUUGCUGGCCGACCUGGAGCACCAAAAGUGGUCAGCGCGUCAAAGACCUGCAUCAACCUGAAAUGGGAGCCCCCGGAGGAUGACGGAGGAAUUAAGAUUAAUGGCUAUCAACUGGAAAAACGCAAAAAGGACACAGCUCAGUGGAUUGCUUUGAACCCAGUAACUGAGCCUAUUGAAGUGCUGGAGUACGCAGUGAAGGAUGUUGUUGAGGGGGCGGAGUAUGAGUUCAGGGUAUCGGCCAUCAACGUUUCUGGGGCGGGAGAGUUCAGUCUCCCCUCUGUGAUGGUGACUGCAAAGAAUCCCAACAUGAGGCCUAUAUUCAAAGAUCCAGAGGACUUCAUGGUGAUCAGGGCGGGAAACUCUGUGAGAAUCAAAGUUUUCUAUGAGGCUGAGCCUCCACCAGAGAUCACAUGGAUGAAGGACAAUGAGCCUGUAUCCAGUUUUAUACAGAUCAUCAACACAGAGGGCUGUUCCCAGCUUGUGAUCCCCUCAACAAAACGCUCUGAUUCAGGAAACUACACCAUUGUGGCAAAGAAUAAAGUUGGAGAGGCCAGCUUUGACAUUGAGGUUCUAGUCACAGAUGAGCCAAAGCCUCCCGGUGCAGUGGAGCUGGAGCAGAUUGUCCAUGGCAAAGUUAUUGUGUCCUGGGAGGCCUCUCCAGACCAGGAGCUGGACAACAGGCUGUAUUACAUGGUGGCCGAGCACAACUCCAGCACACGCAUGUGGUACACUGUGGCAGACCGCAUCUUUGACAAUUCAUACACAGCCAAUAACAUCAUGCCUGGAAGGGAGUACCACUUCAAAAUCUAUGCCAAGAAUGACAUGGGCAUGUCAGACCCAUCCAUGUCACCCACCUGGGGCAUCAACAGCAACAGAAUUCCCAUAAACACAAACACGCCAGUGGAAGUCAGCUUUGAGAAACCACCAUCUGUCCUGGUCCCUCUGAAGGUGCACUCACCACCAAAAGGAUUCCAGAUGUACAUGACCUGCGCCAUCAGGGGAUGCCCCACACCCAGCGUCACGUGGCACCUGAACAACGUCUGCAUCAAUGGUGACAGCAACUACUACAUCACCAACUCAUACGGCGUGUGCUCCAUGUACAUCCUUAGGGUCAGGCCCAAGGAUGCCGGAGAAUACAAAGUUGUGGCAGUUAACUCCUUCGGCAAGGCAGAAUGCUCCACUAAACUUGUUGUUAAAGACUAAAUCACAUUGAUGAAUUAUCUUGGAGGUUUUCUUCUGCUCUCCUUGAUUCUAUGUAGAAACAUAUAUUUAUUUAAGCAAUAUUUGAAUAUGUUAGAGUUUUGGUACAUGUAUGCGGGAUACAUGAUUAGGUGUUGUGUAUUACUCAUUAGUUAUGUUACUGGACAACUUAUCUUCAGUUGUGAGACAGACUUAGCUAACAUUUCGUUUUUUGUUCCAUUUACUAUAUUGACUGAAUUAUUUAUCUCAAAUGAUAAGGAAAUUAAAUUGAAGUAUUAAGUCAUUGUCAAAAAUAGCACAAUUUUUAUUUCUUUGAGAAAAUCACAAAUGUACUUUGGAAAACUACAAUAAAUACAGCACUUGA